AUGUUAUUUAUUAAUGACGACAAGUUACAAGAUACUUUACCAAACUUAUGGGUAGCUUUAAGAACUUUGAUGGAAAUUCCAGUAACGACUGCAAAUGAAGUGAUUCCUUCAAAUUCUGAUACAAGUUCAUCAAUAUCAAAUACAAUUAUUAUACCCAAAGAAAAAAAUAAACAUAAAGUUAUUUCUACAGAGAUUGCACAUAAUAAAUUAUUUGAAACAAAAACGGUAUCGACUAGUGAUGAGGACUAUUAUUCAGCUAUAGACAGGAACAGAACUAAUUGUGAUAAAGUAGACACCAUAAACAUACAUUUUACUGAUCUUGGUACAUGGCCUUUAAAUAUUACAGAUACACAAAGAACAUAUUUAGUGAAAAUGAGGUACAAUUAUUCCGAAAUUCAUGAUUUUAGUAAUUCGGGAAGAGACGGUAGAAAUGUUAAGUCUGACUGGUUUUAUAAGAUACUUAUGAAUGGAAAAAAAAUAAAAAGAACAUGGCUCAGCUAUUCUUCAUAUAAAAAUGCACUUUUUUGUGUACCUUGUAAAUUGUUUACUAAAAUAGAAAACUCAUCCAACAUAUCACAAUUAGCAUACACUGGCUUAACAAAUUGGAAAAAAGUUACCGAAAAAAUUCCAUUACAUGAAAAUUCACCAAUACAUAAAAAAAAUGUGUGUUCUUGGACUUCAUUGGAAAUGGCAUUGAAUCACUGCGAGGGUAUAGAUACAGAAUUGCAAAAUUCUAUAAGAAAAGAAGGUCACUGGAAAUCCGUUUUAUUGGCAAUUAUAGACAUUAUAAUGCAUCUAGCAAUGGACGGAAGUGCAUUUCGAGGAUCUAAUGAAAUUAUUUCUAGUGUGGGAACAUCAAACCGAAGUGGAAAGUUUUUAAAUUUAGUUAAUCUAGUGUCACAUUAUCAUGAACCAUUAUCAAAACAUAUUGAAAGACAUAAAAAAGGUGGUCUUUCUUAUUUUUCUCAUGGUAUUCAAGACGAGUUUCUAGAGAUUAUGGCAAAAAGAGUUAAAGAUGAAAUUCUUUCAAAAAUAAUAGAGGCGAAAUAUUAUUCUAUACUAUUCGAUUGUACACCGGACAUUGCACAUCAAGAACAAAUGACCCAAGUUAUUCGCUAUGUUAUACAAAACAACCAGAAUGAAUGCGAAAUCAUAGAAAGUUUUUUAAAGUUUGUGCGUGUGUACAACAAAACUGGUGAAUCAUUAACAGAAGAUAUAUUAGAUUGUUUGACAAAAGAUAAUCUUAGAAUAUCUGACUGUAGAGGACAAUCGUUUGAUAACGGGUCAAAUAUGAGUGGAAAAAUUAAAGGAGUCCAAGCACGAAUUAUUGAAAUGAAUAAACUUGCAAGAUUCAUCCCAUGCUCAGCUCACUCCUUAAAUUUAAUUGGUGUUAAUUGUGCAAAAAGUAUACCUAAAGUAGAAACAUUUUUUGGCAUCGUACAGAAAUUAUUUAAUUUCUUUUCAAGUUCAACGCAAAGAUGGGAUAUUCUAAUGAAUAAUUUAAAAUUGUCAUUGAAAGGGUAUAGUACAACAAGGUGGUCAGCUAAACAUCGUGCAAUAAAAUCAUUAAAUACUCAACUGGAUAUGGUUUUUAAAAGCUUUGACGUUCUAAAACAAGAAAAAUUAUCAGAAGAAACAAAAUUUGAUGCAGAUAAUUUGAUAAGAUCACUUAAAAGUUUUUCUUUUAUUUGUAUGCUUACGGUUUGGGAAAAAAUUCUCAGUGCAAUUGACAGGAUUAAUAUAAUUUUACAAAAACCAAAAUUAACAAUUGAUGUAGCUGUCAAACACCUGCAAAGUCUCCUUAAAAUAUUAGAAAACUUUCGAGAGCAAGGUAUAAAUGAGGCUUUCUUGGAUUCAAAGAAUAAAGCUGAAGUAUUAGGCAUAGAAACGGAAUUUCCAAAAGUCAGAUUACGAAAAAAGAAACUUUUACCCGGGGAAAUUGCAGAAGAUGAGUUUUGUAACAUAAGUGAAGAAAAUAAAUUUUUAAUAAUGAUUAAAAAUGUUAUUGACAAUAUCUUAAUAGGACUACGUCAAAGAUUUAAAUCAAUGGAAAAUAUUGCUCAAGAUUUUUCAUUUUUAGAUCCAACAAUAAUUUAUUCUUGGCCUAUGGAAAACUUGAAAAGAGCGGGAGUCGAUUUAUGCAAUAAAUAUGAAAACGACCUCAACAAAAUUGAAUUCAUUUCAGAACUAGAGAGCUUUAAAGAGCAUGUUUACAACAUAGAUGACGAUUUAAAAAGAGCAACAUUUUUUGAAAUGUUGAAUUUUAUUUAUAAAAAUAAACUUCAAGAUGCAUAUCCAAAUAUAUCCGUUGCUUACCAAAUAUAUCUUACAAUGCCAGUUACUUCAGCUUCGUGUGAACGAAGCUUCAGCAAAUUGAAAUUAAUAAAAACAUAUUUAAGAUCUACUACGGAGCAAGCAAGACUUAAUAACUUAUCUAUUUUAUCCAUAGAAAAUAAAAUUGCAAGACAAAUCAAUUAUGAAGAUAUACUUAAUGAUUUCGCUGCAAAAAAAGCUAGAAAAGUUAAUUUUUAA